CACCGAAACACUGGACCAGUUUGCCUGCAUUCCAGACAGCGUCAUCAGUCCCUAGCCCAGCCACUCUACGGUAGGUACACCAGCUCAGAACAAGCACACAUCUCUCCAUCAUGGCUGCCACCUGGACCCUGGAGGACGACAUGUCCUGCCCUGUGUGCUGCGAUGUUUUCACAGACCCUGUGGUGCUGGGCUGCAGCCACAGCUUCUGCAGGAGCUGCCUGGACAGCUACUGGAACACUCAGGUCAUCAAAAAGUGCCCCGUCUGCCGCCACCAUUCCCUAACCGACGCUCCACCCAGUAACCUGGCUCUGAGGAACAUCGUGGAGACCUUUGCGAGGGAGAGGAGCCACAAUACCACCAAGCAGGAGGAGACGAGAGAGGGGGAGAAGGAGAGCCAGGGAAGGAGGAAGUCAGGAGGGAGGAGUGGGUUGGUACGGGAUGGGGAUGAAAGGUGCGGUCUCCAUGGGAAGAGGUUGUUGUUGUUCUGUGUGGAGGACAAGGAGGCUCUGUGUGCGGUGUGUCAGACCUCCAGGAGACACAGGAGCCAUCAGCUCUGCCCUGUGGAUGAGGCUGCUCAGGAACUCAAGGAGGAAGUGAAAGCAUCUAUCAUCCCUCUGAGGAGGAAGUUGGAGACAUUCCAAAAGUUGAAGGAGGAUUGCAUGAAAACAGCAGAACACAUCAAGAGCCAGGCCAAGCAAACAGAAAGGAAGAUAAGAGAGGAGUUUGUGGAGCUGCAUCAAUUCCUGCGUCUGGAGGAAGUUGACCGGCUGUCUGCCCUCUCUGAGGAGGUGGAGAUGAAGACAGUUAUAAUGGCAGAGAAGAUUGAACACCUGGCCAAAAAGAUGACCUCCCUGACCAGCAACAUCAGAGAGAUAGAACAGGAUAUAGAGGCAAACGACCUUCCAUUUCUCCAGGCUUACAAGAACAACACAGCAAGGGCCAACUGUACAUUGCAGGAUCCAGAGCCUGUAUCAGGGGCAUUGAUCGAUGUGGCCCAACACCUGGGCAAUCUGAGGUUCAAGAUCUGGGAGAAGAUGCAGGAGAAGGUGCAAUACACCCCAGUGACUCUGGACCCCAACACUGCGGCCCCCUGGCUCUCUCUCUCAGACGACCUGACCAGUGUGUGCGUCAGGGGGGAGAAGCAUCACGUCCCCAACAACCCAGAGCGCUGUGACACGUGUGUUUGCGUGCUGGGGGCCGACCCCUUCAGUUCCGGCAGUCACUUUUGGGAGGUGGAGGUGGCGGGUAAGACCAGAUGGGACCUGGGGGUCCUGAGAGAGAGUGUGCGUAGGAAAGGGGUCCUGAGUGUGAACCCUGUCCACGGGUUCUGGGCCCUGUCCCUGAGGGACGGCGGCCAGUACAGCGCCUGCACCAUGCCCUGGACCCGUCUCACUCUGAAGAGGAGGCCCAGGAGGGUCAGAGUGUGUCUGGACUAUGAUGCGGGAGAGGUGACUUUCUAUGACCCCACUGACAUGUCACUCAUCUAUACAUUCAGGGACAAGUUUAAAGAGCCAUUGUUGCCCUACCUCUGUCCCUGUGUGAGUGACAGCGGCCGCAAUGCUGAGCCACUAAAGAUAUGCCCUGCCAAAGUGUCAUUGGUUCAUGAUGUUGGUGAUAAAGUUUUGUAGAUUACAAUAUGUAUGUUUUAGAGGAGACAUUGCUAAUGCAUCCAUAUGUCUCACUAUCUAUUAUUAACACAAUGGAGGUAUAUUUUCUAUAUAUAUAUUAUUUGGGUAUAUGUGAAUGGAACAAUUCUUAUCCUAUAUAAUAUCAUAAGUCAUAUUUUCUUGGUGUGUGUCAAAUGGCAAGAUAAAUUAAACAAAAAAGGUGAUCAUUACUCAACAUUAGUGUUAAUAUUCUGUAAGAUUUGUUCUAAAUGCUUAUAAAUGAUCAUGCUUAUAAAUGCUUAUAAAUGUGUAUAAAUACAACAAUUAAAUAAUUUUAUGUUUAUGAAUGACAUGAUUUAUUCCUGAUUUAUCAAUGGUUUAUUGUUUAUUCAUGAAAGUUCUUAAUAAAGUGUUUCUUGUCAACAUUGAGCUUUGUCAGCCUCCUGGAGGUGAGUGACAGACGGGGUGUCCCAGCCUGUGCCUGAUAACGCUGAGCGAUUCGACAGCUCAGGGAGCGUGCUAGGCUCAGUGGGUUUCUGCUCAGGCAUUCACAGCUGGGAGGUGGAGGUGGGGCCUAAGAAGGCCUGGACUCUGGGCGUGGCCAAAUAGGGUGUAGCCCGGAAAGGCAAUGUGAUGGUCAGCCCAGAGGGCGGGAUCUGGGCGAUGGGGAUGUGGAACGGGGAGCAGUAUAGCGCUGGAACUGCCCCCCUGGGUACCCCGUUGGUUCUGAAGAGGAAGCCCAAGAGGAUCAUGGUCAAGCUGGACUAUGAGAAAGGAGAACUCUCCUUCUAUGACUCCAGUGACAUGUCACUCAUCUAUACGUUCGAACACAGGUUCACAGAGAGACUGUUCCCCUACUUCUCUCCCUGUCUCAACUCUGAUGGCACUAACCCUGGAGUGCUGAGGAUCUGCCCUGAGAAGGUGUCUGUGACUGUGGCACCUAUUCACUGAGGAUAUAACCUGGGGAUUCUAUUUCAUGAUCACGUACUGAAGAGUCUGUAUUGGUAAAGUCUGUCACAGUGACUUCUGUGUACUUAUUUUUAUUCUGUCUAUCGUUUUGUAUAUUGAGGUGAAUAUCCUCACCUCCACUGGUGACAUUGAUGUCUGUGACACCAAUGUGUAUUUCGGAACUUUGUCUGGAGCAGAUCUAUUCUUUACUGUUAAUUAAUUUACUGAGAGCAAGUGUCAUGAUUGAAUUCCAUAAUUAUUGGUUUCACGUUCAAUAAAAGUACAAAUUCUGUUUA